AAUAACCCCCUUUGGACUUGGUGUAGGGAUACCGAUCCUUCCAAAGUUUAUGCCGAUUACAUAGGUUGCACUUGAACUUGUAUCUGAUUUGGGAGAAAAUGUGAAUUCUGGGUUUUGAUCUGGAAAGCUUGAGGGCUUGGUUUUGAUAGAUAGUCCUUGAUCUUGGCUUGCUUAAGCGCGGGGUUUUUGAAAAUCUGAAUGUAAUUUCAACCAUUUGGUUGCUUAGGAGAGUUCGGGGGUAGAUUGUAGGGUUUCGUUAUUUUCGGUGAAAGGUAUAAAAACCCUACUCACGUGAACGCAUACAACUAAUUUGGCUUGUUUGGGCUGAGUUUUUUUGUUAGCGAGUAAACAGGAAAAAAAUUCAGGUUGAAGUUUUGAGAUGUCUAGCUUGGCAGUGGAUAUUCCUCCCAAGGGUGGAUUUAGUUUUGAUCUCUGCAGAAGAAAUGAUAUGCUUGCUAAGAAGGGGGUUCAGCCACCAUCUUUUCUGAAGACAGGAACUACAAUUGUUGGUUUAAUUUUCCAGGAUGGUGUCAUUCUUGGAGCCGAUACAAGAGCCACUGAAGGGCCCAUUGUUGCUGAUAAGAACUGUGAAAAGAUUCAUUAUAUGGCACCUAACAUAUAUUGUUGUGGAGCAGGAACUGCUGCUGAUACAGAGGCGGUGACAGAUAUGGUUAGCUCACAGCUGCAACUGCACCGGUACCAUACUGGUCGAGAAUCAAGGGUUGUCACAGCACUCACCCUUCUGAAGAAACACCUUUUCAACUACCAAGGUCAUGUGCAAGCUGCUUUAGUUCUUGGUGGAGUUGAUGUUACUGGACCUCAUCUGCAUACUAUAUAUCCUCAUGGAUCAACUGACACUCUGCCAUUUGCAACAAUGGGAUCUGGUUCACUUGCUGCUAUGGCCAUGUUUGAGUCCAAGUACAAAGAAGGCCUGACUAGGGAGGAAGGAGUAAAUCUUGUUGUUGAAGCUAUAUGCUCUGGUAUAUUUAAUGAUCUGGGAAGUGGAAGCAAUGUUGAUGUUUGUGUGAUAACCAAGGGCCACAAGGAGUACCUUAGAAACCAUUUGUCGCCAAAUCCACGUACCUUUGUCAAUCCGAAAGGCUUUUCUUUUCCUAAGAAGACUGAAGUUCUCUUAACAAAGAUUACUCCACUGAAGGAGAAGGUGGAAGUGAUUGAAGGAGGAGAUGCAAUGGAAGAGUGAGAACCAUCAUACGGUCAGCACGACAGGAUUGAGUUGUUUUUGCAACUUUUUCAUUAUAGACUUUGUAUUAAGUGGGAUGCUGAUAUAGUUUUCACUUUCCAGUUUCAAAAUCUCAAUUUCCAGACAUUCACUUCUCAUGGAUUUGGUUUCCAAACUCAGGGGGCUUGCUAGAAUAGUGUUCGUUUAA